AUGCACACCGUCUUUCGUAUCGGUGACAUCACAAAAAUUGACAACAACAAACCACUUUAUCAAGUGGAUCUUAAACUUACCUCCGAUGACGACAAACAACUUUGCAUUCUUACCGAUCGUAUACGACAGGAGACUCCAGGUGAAACAGGAUGGGAACGAGCGGGUUUACUACUAAUGAAAAUCGGUCAAUUUGGCAAAGCAGAAGAAUUGUACAAAGUACUGCUCGAACAGACAUCUGAUGGAGGUGACCAAGCUGUUUAUCUUAAUAAUAUUGGAUCUAUCAAGAAUGAUCAAGGUGAUUAUGAGAAGGCUAUUGAAAAUUACGAAAAAGCACUUGAAAUUCGAGAAAAAAAUCGUUUUUUAAAUCAGUCCUUGUCGGGCCUGUCCUACAAUAACAUCGGAUUGGCGUAUUACAACAUGGGGAAAUACCCGAAAGCACUUUUGUUUUAUGAAAAAGCAGUUGAAGCCUGUCAAAAAACUCUUCCUCCAAAUCAUCCUGCUUUUGCUACUCCCUACAACAACAUCGGUCAGGUGUAUCUAAGCAUGGGAGACUACUCGAAAGCACUUUUGUUUUUUAAAAAAGCACUUGAUAUCCAUCAAAAAAUUCUUCCUGCAAAUCAUCCUUCGCUAGCCACUUACUACAACAACAUCGGUGUAGUGUAUGAAAAUAUGGAAGAGUACUCGAAAGCACUUUUGUUUUUUGAAAAAGCACUUGUUAUCCAUCAAAAAACCCUUCCUCCAAAUCAUCCUGAUUUGGCUACUUCCCUCUGCAACAUUGGUGAGAUGUAUCGACACAUCGGAGACUAUCCUAAAGCACUUUCAUCUCUUGAAAAAUCACUCGAAAUUCGACAAACAAGUCUUCCACCAAAUCAUCCUAGUUUGGCUACUUCCUACAACAACAUUGGUGGUGUGUAUGACACGACGGGUGAAUACUCCAAAGCACUUUCAUUUCAUGAAAAAGCACUUGUUAUCCGUCAAAAAACCCUUCCUCCAAAUCAUCCUGAUUUGGCUACUUCCCUCUACAACAUUGGUAAGACGUACCGAAAUAUCGGAGACUAUCCAAAAGCACUUUCAUCUCUUGAAAAAUCACUCGAAAUUCGACAAAAAAGUCUUCCUCCAGACCAUCCUGCGUUGGCUAUGUCCUACUACGAUAUUGGUUUAGUGUAUACAACUAUGGGCAACUUUCCAAGAGCAUUUUCAUAUAUCGAGCGUGCACUUAAUAUUGCGCAACGUUCGCUACCUCCUAAUCAUCCUAAUCUUCAAGGUGUGAAAGAUUAUUGA